AUGUUGAGUCAUCGGUUAUUAAUAGCCCUGUUGGCGAUUUUUAUCAGUGCAUGGUUUCCAAACGCGUCGCUAUUACUGAGCGCAGAAGCCAUUCUGUUUUCGGGUAAAAACUACGCACCGUGCGGCGUGUCAGGGAAUUACUCGGUGGUGGGUUUUAGAGGCGCGUUCACCCCUCUGCAUCCGCGCAUUCAGCUGUCUGCGCUCGUGACGGUGUAUGACGACUGCUACCUCGCCCUCUCCUCGCUCUCAUUGAAAUCAGCCAACAGCACUCCCUCUCUCUCCCUCUGGGGGGGAAUCGCCGGCGACGAUCCAUUCUCCUACGCGUCCCCUCUCGAUCCCGCCCUCUCCUCCCUCAACCCCGCCUCCGCCUCUCCUCUCCUCGCCGUUCACAUCGGCUCCCAGGGCCGCACAUGGGAUAACAUACACAUUCUCUACCUCGUCACUACCACCCCCGCGGGGGUCUUACAGAAAAUCUUGGCGCAGCUGCAGCUGCCCAGGCGCCUUACCCUUGGCGGGGCCGCAGGUGCCAGCGGCAAAGGUGCUGGGGGGGCAGAUUUGCUGCCAGGAAGCGCAACGGAAGCUUCCGAAGGUCUGCGGAAGCAGGUCUUGAAGUAUGCGAAAGAGAAUCGGCUGCUGGCGCCGCCGCCGCCGGUUAUGCCGCCGCCGCCCCCGCCGGUUCCGCCUCCCCCUCCGCCCGUGGCGUCCCCCGCGUUGGGGUUCGUGAACUGCGUCACUGCGAAGAAGGGCCGGCUGAACAUCUACUGGCGCAUGGUAGGCGACCCAAUAAACGGCAUGGCGGUGGAAUUUGGGCUGGAGGGCAAGGACGCGCUGCUGGGCUCCUCUCCCUCCCUGGACAUUGUCAACCUCACCCUUGCUGCGCGCCAAGCAAGACGUUUUUCCGACUCGCUGCUGGGCUCCUCUCCCUCGCUCGACAACGUCAACCUCACCGUCGCUGCGCGCCAAGCAGACGACGCGCUGCUGGGCUCCUCCCCCUCUCUGAACAACGUCAACCUCACGCUCGCUGCGCGCCAAGCAGACGUCUCCUUCGUCCGCUUCCGCCGCUCCCUCGCCCUCUCCACCGACCCCUUCUUUGACCGCCGAUUCGAUAUAAGCUUCCCCUCUGCAGUCCCCAACAACACCGACCUCUCCCGCCCGCUGCUGUUCAUUUUCGCCACGGGACCCCUUCUCCCGUCCUCCACCCCCUCGCUGCCGCAACUCCUCCCACAUGCCGCCUCUGCUGCGUUCUUUUCCGGUUCCAUUAACAUCACUUUGAACGCUGCCAAAGCGACAAACUCCUGUGAACCGCUCUGGAAUACGCCAGAGCUCAGCUACCCGCCUCUGCCGCCCGGCUUGCUGCCCUCCCCGCCCGGCGAGCCGUCCAUGUGGGACGACGGGGCGGUGAUUUCCGGCUUAUCUCAGUGCAGCACGACGUUUGAAGGGGAAAACAGGAAAUUCGCGUCCUGUGAGGCGCUACCAGGGGGGUUCUUUUUCAUGUGGACUCUGGGGAAAGAGGAGCUGUCUGGUGCGUUCAUUUCCCAGUCAGUCUCCCCCCAGGGGUAUGCUGCAGUAGGUCUGCUGCUACCGCCGCCGACUCCGCUUCUAGAGGCGCUGUUUAGCCCUCCCCCCGCGCCGGCGGGGGGGAAUGAGAGCGCGGAGGGAGGGUAUGUGAAGCCGGACUCGUUAGUGGGUGCCUCGAUGCUGGUUGCAGUGAGGGCGGAGGACGGAAGCGGGGGACUGAAGGUGGAGGAGUAUCAGAUUGUGAAGCAGGAGGGAGGUAGCAGCAACGCCAGUGCUACUAGCAGCACCACAGGCACGCUCACCACCGUCAGCAGCAGCGGCGGCACCAGCGGCGGCAGCAGCAGCAGCAGUGACGGUAGCAGUGCUGCCACCAUCGCGCCACAGGAGCAAACUGCCAUGGUUCGAGGCGGCAACCUCUCACUCAUCUCCGCAAAAGCAGAGCUCCAAGCAGGGUCCCUCACGCUGCUCUUCACCAUCAAGCUCCCCCACCGGCAGCGAUCCGGCGCAGUGCUCCUCUGGACCAAAGGCACCCAGUUCUUCCCUUCCAAUGACUCCCUCUCCCCAGACGGAGUCGCCGCCAUGGCAAGCGCGCCGAUAGACUUUGGCAAGGAGACAGACGUGGAUCCGAACGCGGCGACGGUGACGACGGCAGGGGUGGUGUAUUCGGCGCUGAGUGUGGCGGCGUGGGCGUUUAUGCUGCCGGUGGGGGCGGUUUCGGGGCGGUAUGUGAGGAAGCAUAGUCGGUACUGGUUUCCGCUGCAUCAGGGGUUUCAGCUGGGGGGGUACUUUCUGACGGUCGCGGCGUUCACGAUUGCCAUGUCGCUGGAGGCGCUGCACAAGUCGGUGGGGUACUGCGUGCUGCUGGCGCUGCUGUCCACGCUCAUGGUGCUGCAGGUGAGAAGUGGAGAGAUCUCAGCAGUGAUUGUCCGUCCGCCCGAGUCCCACCACCUGCGCGACCACUGGCGGCGGUUCCACAAGGUGUAUUUCAGCAGUGAUAAUCCGUCCGCCCGAGUCUCACCACCUUCGGGACCACUGGCGGCGAUUCCACAAGGAUUCUCCAUUACUGCUGGUGUGUGGCUGGCGCUGCUGGCUUCGUGUUGCUUGACGCUGGAGUGGCUGCUGUGGGCAAAUCGGUUGACUCAGACUCGGGUUCGGCCGGAGAGCGAGAGGGAAGCGAGUGAGAAGGAGAGUGUGGAUAGCGAGGAGGAGGAGUGGGGGGAGGGGGAGGGGAGUGAUGGGGAGUGGGAUGAUGGGAUAUCGGAUUUGAUGUUGGAGGGAGGGGAGGGGGCGGAUGGGGAGGAUGGGGAUGCAGAUAAGGAUGGGGAUGGGGGGAGGGAUUUGGAGAGAGGAGGAGAGGAGGGUGGAGGAGGGGAGGAAGAGGAGGGGAGUAAGCUGAGGGAUUGGGAGAGGCGGAUGCUUGCAGGACAUGCGGGGGCACUACCCAUUGGUGCUGCUGGUGAAUUGACUCGGGUGGGAGGAGCAGCAGGACCAGGAACAGCAGGGGGAGGACGAGGAGGAGGAGGAGGAGGAGGAGGAGGAGGAGGAGGAAGAGGAGGAGGAGGAGGAGGAGGAGGAGGAGGAGGAGGAGGAGGAGGAGGAGGAGGAGGAGGAGGAGGAGGAGGCGGAGAAGGGAACCGAGGGUCGCACUCGCACCACCCUCAUCCGUCACUCUCCUCGCACCACCACUCGCACCUGCUACCUGUAGAGCGCACAGAGAGCACUACGAGCAGCAGCAGCGGGAUGGACGGUGGGCUGGGGAAAGGAGGGGAGAGGCAGAGGCGGCGGCAGCAGCGGCAGCAGCGGCAGCAGGAGGAGCUGGCUGAAGCAGUGGCUGCGGCCUGUGCGCGAGCCACCUCUAGGAUGUCGUUCAGUGGCCGCAUGCCCCCUGGUGGCGGUGCUGGUGGUGCGGGUGCUGCUGCUGCUGGCGGUAAUGGUGGUGGUGGAGUUGAAGGGAGCCUGAACGGAGAGGCGGGUAUUGGCAGCAGCAGCCCUACCAGCAGUGCUUAUAAGUCGACUCAAAAUCCUGCUUUGGAAUCGACUCAAAAGCCCGCUUUCAUGAACCCUCUGUACUCGUCAGUGGAAGGGAGUCUGAACGCGGAGGCUGGCAGCGGCAGCCCUGCCAGCAGUGAUUAUAGCAGUGGCAAGAGCAGCCCCAGAAGCAGCAGUGGUAGGGCAACUGCUGCUGCAGGUGUUUCUGUGAAGGGCGAAGUUCUCGGGAGUGUUGAGAUGGCUGGUUUAGGGAAGCAGGCACAGCAGCAGAAGGAGCAAGAGCAGCAGCAGGAGGAGGAGAAGGAGCAGCAACGGCAGCUGUGGCAGCAGCUGUGGCAGCUGCAGCAGACUGGGCAAAGGGAGGCUGGAGAGCAGCAGAGGGAAGGUGAGAGGAAGCAGCAGGAAGAGCAAAUUAUGGAGCAAUGGCAGAGGCGAACGCAGCAGCAGCAGCAGCAACAGCAGCAGCAGCAGCAGCAGUCUAGGAGAGCCUUGGACGGCUGUGCUUCUUCAGGCUCAAAACAAGCCCCACCAGGUGCAGCUGCUGCUGUUCCCACAUCUACUACCAUGAUUUUUCAAGCUGAUUCUGCAUCGUCUGAGCUUCCGCCUGCUGUUUCACCGAUGGUGGAGCAGGCUUCAUCAUCAGCAGCAACAGGCACAGCAGCAGGAACGGCAGCAGCAGCCGACCAGCGGAGUGAGGGCCCCAGACGAAUGAGUGAAGUCAAGAGCACAGGAAAGCGUGAGAAAGCAGCAGCACUGGCAAAGGAAGCAGCAAGUGAGAGCGAGGCAGAAAGGGAGAGGGUGGCCGAAAGGAAGAGGGAAGCAGAAAGGGUGAGGGAGGAAGAAAGGUUACGGGAAGCUGAAAGGUCAAGAGAGGCAGAGAGGACAAGAGAAGCAGAGAAGGCAAGAGAAGCAGAGAAGGCGAGAGAGGCAAAUAAGGCAAGAGAGGCAGAUAAGGCAAGAGAAGCGGAAAGAUCAAUAGAGGAAGAUAAGGCAAGAGAGUCCCGCAUGGCCGAGAACAGGCGGCGAUUCGACUUGCUGGCAGCAGGCUUGGGCGGUGGCGAUGGGGGUAUGGGAGGAGGAGCAGCAGGGGGCGGGAGGGGAAGAGGGGCCCAGCCGAUGAUAAAAAUGGAUAAGUACAAUGUGAAGGCCACGGUGGUUCAUGCACCCGACUUUGCGUCUCUCAAGCGAUCGCUGCAGCUACACAAGGCCCUGGCCUCCACUGAAGGCAGGGCUGCUGUUGGUGCUGCUGCUGGUGGGGGGAGCAGUGGUGGUGGUUCUUCCGCUUCUGCUUCCGCUGCUGCUGGUGCUGGUGGUGCUGCUGCUGCAGCAACUAGAACAGCAGCCUCCGACCUUCCCUCUAUUCUUCUCCCUCCUCCUGGAAUCCCAGAUUCCAACGCUCCUCCGCAUGGCAACAACCCUCCUCGCCCCGCUACAACACACCCCCACGUGCCCACUCCCCCUCAUCUCAAGCUGGCAUACAUGGGUGCGCCAUCCUCCCCUACCUCCUCCUCCUCCUCUUUCCUCCCGCCUAUAGCAGAACUUCCCUCUGUAUCACCAGAGCUACACGGCCGGGGGGGUGCACCAGCAGGUUUAUCCUCAGGUGCAUAUUUGGAAUUUUCCUCAGGUGGUCCUUCAAGCGGUCCUUCAGGUGCAUUCGGGGGAGGUGUAUCUUCAGGGGGGUCUGCCGCUGCUGCUGCUGCAGCAGCAGCUGCCAUUGCCUCUCAGCACAUGCCCUCGUCACCCUCCCUCUGUCCCUCCGGCUCUGCUGCUCUCCCGACACUCCCCCGACGGCCGUUGGAUCUCUCCGUCAAAGCAUCUCAGCCUUCCCACCCCUCCCAUUCCCAUCCCUCCAAUUCCCACCCCUCCCAUUCCCACACCACCCAUUCCCAUCCCUCCCAUCCCUCCCAUUCCCAUCCCUCCCAUUCCCAUCCCUCCCAUUCCCACACCUCCCAUUCCCAUCCCUCCCAUUCCCACACCUCCCAUUCCCGGCACUACCAUUCCCAUCCCUCCCAUUCCCACACCUCCCAUUCCCAUCCCUCCCAUUCCCACCCCUCCCAUUGCCACCCCACCUCCCAUCCCCACACCUCCAUGCAUUCCCAUCCCCCCCAUCCCUACCCCUCCUCUCCCUCCUGCCUUUUUCUUCCCCUUCCCCCUCCCUCCUCUCCCUCCUCCCCUCCCUCCUCCCCCACCCACCAACCCUAG